UCUGUUGCCAGAGUGCGCUGAUGGCGGAAAGAUUCGGCUUUUAAUGAUCUUAGAAAGGGCGGAUACGGAAGAGACGAACAGCAGUCGGGUGCUUUGUGAUGCUGAAGAUCAGUAGAUGCCGAUGGAUCGAUAGAUAUUAGUUUAGAUGGCAACACUAUAAAAUUACCUGGUGACAAUCGUAGCAGACGACGUUUCGGCAGCCAUUUUCAGUUUGAUCGUUUGGAUUGCAAAUUGGAAUUCGAUUUUUUUUUUUUAAAAAAAAAUGGAUUCCGGUAGAUAUUGCGAAUACGCCACUUCUAGUUCCGGCACUCGAAUAGAUUAUCGUCAUUUGUUAUCGGAGAUGAGUGAGUUAAGACAUAAUAUUAGCCUCUGAGAAAUGUGCCUUGAUGGUACUCAAAAUUUUGAUGUCAUUAGAUUUGCUUCUUACCGCACAGCUUGCAAAUUGAGAUUUAUACAAAAGAAACUUCACUUGUACCUGAUCAAUAUCUGGAAUAUCAUCGAGGCUUUCCGGGAAAAUGGUCUAAACAAUAUGGAACUCAGGACCGAAAUAAACGUUUCACAUCUGGAAACCCUCCUGUCGUCCAUUUUUUACCAAUUGAAUAAAAGACUGCCAUCUGCUCAACAGCUCGACAUCAAUCUGUGUACAGCGAAAGUACUCAACUGGCUUUUGGCACUAUACGAUAAAGAAGACAGAAGCAAAAUUUCUGCAUUUUCGCUUAAAGUUGCGCUAGCCACAAUGUGUGCAGGGAAGCUUAUGGAUAAAUUGAGAUAUAUAUUCUCGCUUAUAUCCGAACCAAAUGGAUUAUUAAUUCAUACACGUUUUGCCGACUUUUUAAAAGAAGCAUUGGUUCUUCCAUGUGCUGUUUAUGAAUCGCCGACAUUUUCGUUUAAAGAGAGUUUAGCUAGUAGAAUUUUUGAUCACAGAUCUAAAAUAACAGUUAAUGAUUUUCUGGACACAAUCAUUUCCGAUCCCGGUCCUUCCUGUCUUGUAUGGCUUCCUCUUCUGCAUCGUUUGGCUAAUGUGGAAAAUGUUUUUCAUCCCGUUCAAUGCGAUGGUUGCAACAGAGAAUCUUUCAGAGGUUUCAGAUAUAAAUGCCAGCAGUGUUAUAAUUAUCAAUUAUGUCAGGAUUGUUUUUGGAGAGGAAGGAUUUCCGGAAAUCAUUCAAAUCAACACGAAAUGAAGGAAUAUACAACAUACAAAUCGCCCAGUAAACAACUCGGCCAUUCAUUAAGAAAAUCAUUUCAAUGUGUUCCGGAGAAACCAGCAAACGUUUUCCCUCGUUUUCCGGAAAAACCAGAGAGACCUCUUAAUUUAUCUCAUAUCGUUCCAGCAUCUCCUGCCACGUUUCAAAAUGGAUUUUCGGAAGUGCCAUGUCGUUCUGUCGAAAAAUAUCCCGUGGAAAGUCAUUCGAGUCAUGCUGUAGCCAAAAGGUUUGUAAAUUACCUUUUAAAACACAGCUUUUUUUUUUUUUGAUUUCCAAACUGAUUAUAUUCAUUCAUUAAAAUAGUUUCUUAGAAUUUACUCCAAUAAGAGCUAGAAAAUCUCUCUCUAUAACGAUUUUUCUUAUCGUUUCAUCAGAAUCGAAAAGUUCAUUGAGAUUCAAAGCAUUAAAAUUUAUUUUAUCGCAUACAUUUUUUACAAGAAAAACACAUUAAACAUACAUACAACGAUAAGGGGGAAAAAAACUAUUUAAAUUAUAAUUAGUAACAAUUCGAAUAAGUUUAGACAGGACUGUAAAAUGAGUUCAGAGCAAUCUCGUGUUCUGAAUACGCAGAAAACGAAACAUGGUUAACUGUCUUUUGGACCACCCUGUAAAUCUAAUAUUUAGGAGCUGCUCUAAAUAUAUAUCGCAUGACGCGAGUUCAUGAGAAACGGGAAAAAUCGACCACGUUAAUUAAUGUAAUGAUGAUUCAAUACAAUUAAUAACAUUUUCAAUCCAACACAGCUUAAUGCUUUCCAUAUUUAUUCCUAUCUCGAGUCGAUAUUAUUAACGAGGUCUAAGAGGAUAUCGAUUUAAAAGCUCUAGAGCGAAAUUUAAACUAUUUCUUUUAAAAUCGUGUACGUUUGAAGAGGCGAGAUAAGAACAAAGUAGUGGUAAUAUAGUUAUUUGACUGUCAGCUACUUGUGUUUCGAGUUUAGAUGUUAGUUAAGUCGACGUUUUUGAUGAUUAUUACAGACAUUAAAUAUAAAUUUUAAUUUAUUUUUGGUGUUAAAAUUAGAAAAAACAAGUUAUUUUGUAUAUAAAAAUGUAACUUAAAAGGCAAGCAAAAUUUCUAAUAAAGCGAAGUUAUAAAAUUAUUAUGCUGAAAAUUUUCAAAUUGCAGACCAAUAGAUUCCCACUAUCGUCCGUCCGUCGUUCCUUAAAGGAGUUAGAUAGAUGAAAAUUGAGACCAGAUAUAGAAAGCUCAGGGAAAGAAGCCCCGAUUAACUAUAUACGAACUUCCGGAAUAGAUCAGAAGUUAUGCAGUAUGAUUAACACACUCCCUCUCCUCGGCGGGGGAAAUUUCGGAAAGUCCCUUCCUUGUGUACAUUCUCAUCACGUACCCUAACUGUGUACUAAAUUUCAAUUUUCAACUCCUAACCGUUUGGGCUCUGCACUUAAUAUUAACUCGAUUAUAAGAUUAAGCUCUGUUGAAUCAUCAAAAAUAACCUUUUAAAAUUGUUUUGUAAUGCCACAAGAAACAAAAUGAUAUCCACUUGUUCU